AUGAACCCUACCAUGCCGCCGCCCCCGCCGCGAAACCCUAACUCCUCCUCCUCCAUGCCCCCUCCCCCGCCUCCCAAACCCUCGUCGCCUCCCCCGCCGGCGCAUCCAGAGGCGGCGGCGGCGACGCCUGACGCCUCAAUGGACGAGGCGGACGGGAGCACGAACCCAAGCCCCUCCUCCUCCUCCUCCUCCAUGCCGCCUCCACCGCCACCGAGAUCCUCGCCGCAGGUGCCGUCCGAGCCUGACGCGUCGGCUGACGGGACCGCCGUCCCCAGCCCAAGCGUCAGCGGCUCGUCGGCGGAGGAUGCCGGGGACCCCCGCGGCGACACGGAGAUGGCCGAGGCCGACGCGCCCGAGGAGCCGGAGCGGCGGCAGCAGCCGCGGCCGCGCGCGCCGUACGCCAUCCCCGACUGGAGCGCCGCCCCGGGCCACCCCUUCUUCCUCGAGGUCAUCAAGAGCGGCCAGAGCUUCGACAAGCUUGACGUGUCCAAGAAAGGAGCUUACAUGUUUGGAAGAGUUGAUCUAUGUGAUUUCGUACUGGACCAUCCGACUAUCUCGCGCUUUCACGCUGUUCUUCAGUUUAGAAAUGAUGGGGAGGUAUUCCUCUAUGAUCUCGGAAGCACACAUGGGUCGUCCAUCAACAAAACUCAGAUCAAGAAGAAGCUGUAUACAAAGAUUCAUGUUGGAGAUAUAAUUCGAUUUGGGCAGUCAUCGCGUCUAUACCUUUUUCAAGGACCAUCUGAGCUGAUGCCUCCAGAAAAAGAUAUGCAGAAACGUCGUGAUGCUAAGAUUCGGCAAGAUAUGCUUGAUCGUGAAGCUUCCCUUGCACGAGCAAAAACUCAAGCAGCUUUAGCAGAGGGGAUCUCAUGGGGUAUGUCUGAGGAUGCACCUGAGGAAUUGGGAGAGGAUGAAGCAGAUGAGAUUACGUGGCAAACCUACACAGGUCAGCUUACCGAAAGACAACAAAAAACACGCGGCAAAAUAAUAAAACGAAUGGAAAAGGUUGCCAACAUGAAGAAAGAGAUCGAUGCAAUAAGAGUUAAGGACAUUUCUCAAGGCGGGUUAACGCAAGGUCAGCAAACACAGAUUGCACGAAAUGAGCAAAGGAUAUCUCAGAUUAUGGAGGAGCUAGAAAAUCUAGAAGAGACAUUAAAUGACAGUAUACAAGAAAGUCUUGGUGCUCGUACUGGAAAACCAAAACGUGGUAGCCAUAAAGCAAGUCUCGAGGAAGAAGAAGUUAUUAGCGACGAUGAUGAUUUUUUUGACCGGACAAAGAAAAAACCAUCUAAUCAGCAAUCCAAUGGACAACAAUCAGUUGAGACCGCUGAUAGUCUUCUUGAGAAAAAAGAUAUCAUCACCAAUGAUAUUGAAGGUAAAAAGAAGUUGCUUGAAGAAGAGAAGAAUAAGCUGGCUCAGAGACAUGAUGCAGAUCAUGGGGAUGACCUUGAUGCUUACAUGAGUGGAUUGUCAUCUCAAUUAGUACACGAUAAUAUUACCAAAAUUCAGAAGGAGCUCUCCGAUCUUCAAGCUGAGCUGGACAAAGUAGUUUACCUACUGAAGGUAGCUGAUCCUAUGGGAGAAGCAGCUCGCAAGAGGGAUCGAAAGCCAAGCGAAGCAAACCCUCAAGCAUCUAACCAUAAUCCAAGACCAGAAGCCGAAAAAGAAGAAAAAACUGCCCAAGGCAAAACCUCAAAAGAAGAGAAAUCCAAAAAUUCUUGUUCAACCAAAACAGAAAUGGAUAAGCCUGCCGAGGUAGAAACAGAUGCUUCCAGGAACCAAGAAAGUGCCAACAAACCUGCAUUCACCAUACCGAAACCCCAGUGGCUUGGUGACAAGAGGAUUGUAGAGCCUGAAGAGAACUGUAUAAAAGAAGCAAAUGCCAAUGCUGAGGAGCCUGAUGAUUUUGUGGACUACAAAGAUCGAAAAACCAUUCUUUCUAGUUCAGCCAAUGAAAAGGAUAUUGAAGAGGCCUCUCCUGGGCUUAUUCUACGGAAGAGAAAGUCCGCUGAGCAGUCAGCUGGUGCUGAAGCAGAACCAUCUUCGGUUGAAUCUGAAGCAUCAGCAGCUGAUGCUGUGGCCCUUCUGCUAAAGCACACACGGGGUUUACAAACUUCCGAAGAGACCGAGAAUGAGAAUGAACCGCAGGCGAGCAAGAGAAAAGGGAAAAAAACGAAACAAAAACGUGUGCUGGGCCCUGCAAGACCAGAUUUCCUUGAAGCAGGUCCAGAUUAUGAGACAUGGGUGCCACCUGAAGGUCAAACUGGUGAUGGCCGUACUUCGUUGAAUGAGCGUUUGGGUUAUUGA